AUUCCCUCAAAAAAGAAAAUGUAAAAAUUACCCAAUGAUCCAAAGCCUUUCUCAUCCCACUCACUCUUUGAGGUGAGCUUGCUGGGGAAGAUCACUGACUUUGACUAUAUAUUACCCCCUCACUCUCUCCUCAGCACUUUCCCUCUUUCAGAGCUAAACACAACAGUGAUCAAGAUCAGCUAGAUUGAGGGAGAGAGAUGAGCUACGGUCCAGUUCCAAAGGGUCUCCGGUUCAUGCCCUCCGAUGAGGUGCUGCUGAGUCACUACUUGCAGAAGAAGAAUCAGCGCGAGGACCCCGAGAUCACGGCCAUCAUCCCUGAGAUUGAUAUGACCAAGCACGAGCCUCGCGACUUGCCCGGUAAUCCAACCUAGUCAUGUAUUCCGGACUCUAUAUACCAAAGUUUUUAUGUACUGUACAUGUGCGUCUAGAUUUACCGAAGUUCAAAGUAUGAGCCUUGAUUUAGAGCCAUUCAACACAACUAUGUAUGUAUGUACGUGCAUGUGUUUUUGGUCAAGACUUGAGUAUUGGUUUGUGAUUUUUGCAGCACUGGUGUUCGCAAGGGCGGAGAAUCUGAACAAGGAGUGGUUCGCAGACUCUCCGGACAUGGAGUGGUACUUCUUCAGUCCUAUAGUUUUGAAGCACAGCAACAGCAAAAGCAAAAGCACUAAGAUCAACAGGACUACGAAGGAAGGCUCCUGGAAGAAGCAAGGCAACGAUCGAAGGAUCACUGGGGCCUGUUCUGAUAAGCAGAUAGGGGGGAGGAGGAUCUUGACCUUCUACCUUUCGAAUAAACAGAAGACCGACUGGGUUAUUCACGAGUUUUAUCUCACUAAGGCCGAUUCUGAUGAGCAGAUCGGCGACUUUGUUCUAUGCCGCUUGAAGGACAACCGCUUGAAGAAGUCGGGCAAGUCUGAUCAAGCAUUCAGCUGUAAGCUGGGAAAUGUUGUUGUGAUUCCCAAAGGCAAUGAUGAUGAAGCUAAAGCUGAACAUGGGGGAGGUAGCCGUAGUAUGGUCUCAAAUGUUGAAAGUCCAGCAUCCAAACAGCUGGAAGAUGUUCUUCCGAUUCCCUAUGGCAAUGAUGAUGACGCUGAACAUGGUGGUGGUAGCUGCCUCAACGUCCCUGGUAUGCUUACAAAAGCAGAAGAAUACCAAGGAUUCAAUGCACUACAAGAUGCUGUUUUUGAAUCUAAUGGCAAUGAGCAAGAAUUUGGAGGCUCACAAACUGGUCCUUGUUAUAUAGAUAAGAAUGAUCGUUCGGUCUCCAUUGAAGGUCAACCUGAUUCUGAGAUGGUUAAAGAGCUACUUCACAAGGCAGUAGAUCUGGCCUUACCCCAUCCACCUCCGUCAACUCAACUGCAGUCACCAAUAUACACAAAGCUGGGCACCAACAAUUUCCUUGAUGAUGAAUGUCAUAAGAGGAAAAAUCCAUUUGGGGAUAGUGAGCCUUUUCUUACGAAGAAGAAUCAUACUGAUGAAGUAGAUAGCAACACUUCAUCUAAUUCUGAAAAUCAAGCUACAGCUGCGAUUCCAGAGGGAUGUUCUCAACCAGGAGGAAAUCUGGGGUCUGAUUUGUUUAUGUCACAGACACUACCAUCAAUAAACAGAGAACCGAGAGAUCUUCCCCAUGACAAUAAUUUUAUUGAAUGGAAUGAUUUGCCAUCUAUAAUAGAAGGCUUUGAGUUAUCUCUCGCGAAUUUCUCACAUACAUUUAUUGAUCAAGGUAUCAGUGAUGACAUAAACAUUGAAGGCGCCUCUGCAUAUGGUUGGAGUGCCAUCUGAAAAAAUCUACCCUUUUCUGAAUGCGAUGAGUCCAGGCAAAUAUAGAUGUCUGUUCUCACAAGCAGUUCCUCAGAGGUGGAACUUUCUCUGUUAACAUUACUACCCAUAUCCGUUGCUGAAAUCGUCUUGUCAAUAUUAGUAGUUUAGUAACCCAUAUUCCUUCCUCUGAUCAAACAUCGUGUCCACAGUAGUACUGGUAUUUGUUCCUCGUAUCCAUAGUUUUCAAAUGUCCUAAAACAAGGACAGAAGUAUCCGUAUCCAUUUUUUCAUCUCCGUUGGUGAAUCCUCAAAAUCACCUAUAGUUAUUCCUCAAGCAGAUAGUCUGCAAUUAGUAUGUCCCUUAGAUCGAAGGGCAUGCAAAACAUCAAUAUCGAUCAUCCAAUAUUGAUGAAAAUCAGAAUUUGAAAUGGAGGUGCUCCUAGCAGAAUCCGACUGCAGAUCAGCAUCACAAGCCAAGGUGAGAUAAUCAAUAUAUGAAAACACUAAAGAACCCUUUCUUUCUUGCAUUAAAUAAAAUUGUAUACUGAAGCUUUGAGGUUAUUUGCUACAUUCCUUGACUACUGGUUUAUGUUUACAGGUCGGUGAAGAUGCA